AUGGCUAAGUUUAUAAUUGAAAGGGAGUUUGUAAAGAACGUUAAACGAUUUGGUUUAAGAGGGCGAUCUAUUCAAUUUAGAUUAAAACAAAUACCUCCUAACGAAAACAGUCUAUUAUGGAUUAAGGGCGCGAUUCGGGAGAUAGUUAGGUACGCCUGCGAUAAGAUUUCUGCUGAAGAUAUGAUAGGGUUUACCUUUUGUUCCAAAAAAUUUUCGCGCGGAGAGGGAUAUUUGAAGUUUCAACGUGCCGAUUCAGUGCAUUUUGAUGAUAUAUGGGAACUAAUUUCCUCUAUCUACCAAUCAAAUUCCGUGGGGUUGAGUACAGAUACGUUUUGUUUGGAAGUGACCAUUGUUCGUCCUCCAUUAGGUAGAGGAAGAAUGGCUAAUAAUAAAUAUAGCAGUUUCGAGGAGGAAUGCGCUGCGAGACAAGGGAUUGUUUGUAUUAAAAAUGUAGAUAAUUUAUGUUUACCGAGAGCUCUUGUUGUUGCUAUAGCUAAAGCAACCGGUGAUCCUGACUACCAUAAUAUACGCAAGGACAGAGCGCAAAUUCAAUACCAAAAAGCAAAACUGUUAAUGCAAGAAGCUGAAGUUGAAAUAGGAGCAAAUGGGGCAGGACCUUAUCCCGAUAUUCAGUACUAUGGGCCGGACACAAUGAUGCCGGAAGAUAGAGAAAAAUUCAUUCUUUGGUAUAAUGAAAACAAAGACAAAGUCUUUGAUAUGCAAAAAGAAAUUGUAUCGUACUGCGUAUCAGACGUGAAUAUUCUAACAACGGCUUGUUUAAAAUUCAGAGAUUUAUUAAUUCAAGCCGGUAAUAUCUGUCCAUUUUCGGAAGCCUGCACGAUUGCCAGUUCAUGUAAUAAAUUGUUUCGCCGAAAUUUUUUGAAAGCUGAUACCAUUGGUCUAAUUCCGAGAAAUGGCUAUCGUUAUCGGGAUAAUCAAUCAAAAAUAGCAAUUGAGUGGUUAAUAUGGGAGGAAAAAGUCAGAGAAAUUAACAUCUUGCACGCCGCCAAAGGGAAAGAAAUCGUAUUAGAUGGUUUACCGGUCGAUGGGUUUUGUGCUGAAACAAAUCAGGUAUUUGAAAUGAUGGGGUGUUUCUACCAUGGCUGCGUGAAAUGUUUUAAAAACGAUCGCGACAAACCUGUAUACAAUAACAGCGGAGAAACAAUGAAUUUAAGAUAUGAAAAUACUCGCUCCAAGAUAACUCGUUUAAAUGAAUUAGGGUACGAGGUCAUAAUGAAGUGGGAAUGUGAAUUUAAGCAAGAUAAAACCCAGGACAUUGCUAAGUAUGUAUUUGAACACCCGCUCAUCAAUUUCACCCCGUUAAAUGUGAGAGAUAGCUUUUAUGGUGGACGAACUGGAAACAUCAAGUCCUACUACAACGUGAAAGAAGGGGAGAAAAUAAAGUAUAUUGAUAUCUGCUCGUUGUACCCCUGGGUUUGUAAAUAUGGGAAAUUCCCGAUCGGACAUCCUAAAGUGAUCAUAGGGGACGACUGCUUAAAUCUCGAUAUUUCCAAAAUAGACGCUAUCAUUAAAUGUAAGGUACUACCUCCACAAAAUCUAUUUCACCCCGUACUUCCGAUAAAAUUAAAUAAAAAAUUAAUGUUCCCUUUGUGUCUGACGUGUGCCAAAAGUUUCAAUCAAGAGGAAUGCUGUCACGAUGUAGAGGAUAGGGCCAUUGUGGGCACUUGGGUUUCGGAUGAACUUGUGAAAGCUUUAGAAAAGGGGUAUGAAAUUUUAAAAAUUUACGAAGUUUGGGAUUAUAGAACCGAACAAUAUAAUGGGAAAUCAGGGGGAUUAUUCACAGAAAUGAUGAACACAUUUAUUAAAAUUAAACAAGAAGCAAGUGGGUGGCCCGCAAAUUGUAAAACGUACGAACAAAAAAUCGCAUAUAUCGAUAAAUUUUUGGAAAAAGAAGGGAUACGUUUGGAUUUUGACAAUAUUGUUAGUAACCCAGGUUUACGAUCACUGGCAAAACUUAUUUUAAACUCAUUUUUUGGUAAAUUUGGACAACGCGAAAAUCAACCAAAAACAAAAAUUAUUAAACAGUCAGCUGAUCUGUAUUCGCUAUUGCUUGAUCCGGCAGUUGAAGUUAUUGGAAUUUUGGCAAUUAACGAGGAAACUUUAGUAGUAAAUUAUCAAUACAAAGAAGAGUCAUAUAGCGCUUUAAGUACUGUUAAUGUUUCAAUUGCAGCAUAUGUCACUACGCAAGCCCGUUUAAAAUUGUACUCAUACAUGGAAAAGCUGGGGGAACGGGUACUGUAUUUUGAUACGGAUAGCAUCAUCUACAUCUCACGAGAAGGUGAAUAUGAACCCGAAACGGGUAACUAUCUUGGCGAUAUGACCAACGAACUGGAGGUUUACGGUCCUGAAAGUUAUAUCACCGAAUUUGCAUCAGGCGGACCAAAAAAUUAUGGUUUUGCGGUUUAUUCUCCUACGCAAGAUAAACACUUUCAAUCGUGUAAGGUCAAAGGGAUAUCUAUUAAUCAUGAAGUAUCAAAAUCGGUAAAUUUCGAAACAAUGAAGAAUAUGAUAAUUUACGAAGAGCCUCCACAAAAGAUAUUGUACAAGAAUUUUGAAAGAACCGUAGAUCAUCAAGUGUUAACUGUUGAAAAAGAGAAGAUAUUUCGUCCUAAUUUAUUGAAAAGACGUUUCAGCAAGUACGAUUCAUAUCCUUACGGGUUUAAAAAAGUUAAAAAAGGGGAGGGUGAAGAGGAAAAAACCUCAAAAAUCGACAUCGUCGAGUAA